ACAAUAAAACACAGCUAUAGUUGACUCGACGUACAUUGAAUGUUUUUUCAAGGGGAUCUGUAAAUCGUGUGUAUUAUUAUAACAAGCCACGAGUUCACAUCAUAUAGACCAUUAGGAUAUAGGACAACUGAACAUUCGGGAAGUUAGAUCUAUUUAACAAGGCCAAAUGCAUAAUUACGAGAUGUAAACAGGGCUAUCGCUAACCCUAACCCAGGAUAUAGCCCUACGCUUUGCCCUAACCCUUACCCACAUUCCUCGGCAACAAUCACGUGCCCUAACCUUGUUUACAUCUCUUGACCUCGAGGGAGUAUGCAUUUGGUCUUGUCAAAUAGAUCGGACCCAUUUAAUACGUGAACACCAACUUGCGCUGCGAAUUGGAAGGCUGACAUUGUUCAAAUAUGACACAUGAGGGCCGGGUUGGAUGGCCGAAUGGUUAGCACGUGCGCGCUGUAUCAUAAGAUUUGCAAACAUGUUAGUGAAAUUAGUUAUCGGUUCUUUGUUCCUGUUUUUGAUACAAUUGGUCCUGAAAAAUGUGUAUUAUAUGGGUUAUCAUUUACACUAUAAUGAACAUUAUCCUGGCAAGUGUGAACAGGUUAAAGGCAUGAGUCUUGGUUCAGAAGAUUUUUAUACAUUUAAAGAUGGGUUAACUUUCAUAACAUCAGGAGUAGCCAUUCAAAAUAAUACAUUUGGUCAGCGAGAAUAUAUGAUUAAACAUAAUAUUGUUGGUAGAAUGUAUUUAUUUGAUUUCAACAAGAAUAAAGCGAAAGUAGAAGAACUGUCUAUAGUAGGAAGUAAUGGUAACUUUAAUGUAAAAUUAUUCCAUCCUCAUGGAAUCAGUGGUUGGCUGGAUAAAUCAGGCGUGAAGAUAUUAUUUGUGGUCAACCAUGAAGAAAACGGAGUUGAUUAUAUAGAAAAGUUCGAAUUUAUUCCUGAAAAUAAACAACUUAAACAUGUAAAACGAUAUCGUGAUAAUACGAUGUUACUCGUCAAUGAUGUUCAAGCUACUAGCCAAGACAGCUUCUAUUUUACCAAUUCCGGUACAGGUUCCGGAACAGUUUGGACGAUGGUACAACUAUUUGGCCAGCUUGCAUGGUGUACAGUAGUGUACUUUGAUGGUAAUAAUUACAGAGUGGUAUUAGAUGGUCUGGCUAUGCCAAAUGGUAUAGCUAUGUCUAAUGAUGGCAGAUAUGUUUAUAUAGCCACUUCUAUGAGUCGUGAAAUAGUUGUUACAGAGAGAAAAACAAACAAUGACUUGAUUAAAAAACAGGUUUAUCCAAUUUAUACAUAUCCAGAUAAUAUUAUAGUAGAUAUGAAAACAGACAAUCUUUAUAUUGGUGCACAUCCUAUAGCAUAUAAAUCAUUUCAAAGUAUGGAUAUACAUAAACCCGCUCAGGUUUUGAUGUUGAAAGUUAAAGAUGGAAACAUAACGAAGACCAGAGAAUUAUUAUAUAAUGAUGGAGAUUUAUUAUCAGGAUCUUCAGUAGCCAUUGUUUUUAAUUCUAAAUUACUCAUAGGUUCAAUUUUAGAUAAAACUGUUUUAUGUGAUGUUAAUGUACCUUUGUAAUAUUUCGUGUACGUUUAAAGGGGACUACGUGUGUGGCAUUUAAUUUAUUAUCUAGUAUUUAAAUAAUUUUAACAAUGCUCCCUAAAAGUAGAAUCGAGAAAUACACAUGUUGGGUGUGACGUUAUGACGGGAACUGUCAGCAAGUGUAAAUAAACAAACCAGCGCAUCAACUACUUCCUUGUAGUGUAGUCACUAUGUUUACGGAGUAUACAGAGAGUAGCAAAUAGGGCACGUGCAUAUACGCUGUUUAUUCACAGAUGUGUUAAUGUCCAAACUAUUUUUACGUCUGAUUGAGCAUUUUGGAAACUAAUUUAAUACUAGAUGAUGAAUAUUAAAAAAUAAUAUGCAAGAGCUAAUGGUUAUUUCCCUAUCAGUAGUAUAGUUUCUCUUAUCUGUGACUGUGUAUCUAACUGUGAGUUAAGAUACAUUAUGAAUUACUAGCCAUAGAGCUAUAUAGAAACCUGUCUAAGGCUAAAUUAUUACUGCCGAUUCUCACUUUUACAAUAAAAGUAAGUGUAAAACCC